UUAUGUUCAUUUAGUGUUCGCUGGGUACCAGGGGUCUGGUGGAAACGUGCCGGUGAUGUAGAAACGCAGCGAUGCUGCUCCGCGCGGCGGAAAGGAGGCUGCAGAUUGAAACGAUGCUGCGGCGCGUCGGCCGCUUCGCCUCCAUCGCGCCGAGCCGCUCAGAAUCGGGCACAUCCACAUGUCGCUGAAACCGCUCGUGAUUUUUGUGGGCUUUUUUUGUUAUUAUUUUCCACCGGGUGAUAGUUUAGCACGUAGAGCUGUUAAAAAAUAAGGCCGACAUUGUCCGUACUGUGGAGUGCCGUUCACUGCUUUUGGAUCAGAGCUCGACACGACAGCGUCGGAGUUGAAAUUCAAGCCGGGUCCCUAACUCACAAUAGCCUUUUGAAGGAAUGUAACUGAAGUGCUGCCAGCAGACAAAUUCCACACCCGAACCGCCGUGUCUAAAAUACGAUGCAAGGUUAAUCUGUCAAAUUUAAUCGAUAUUUUCCAUUGAUCUCGUGUAACAAUUUCUAGAGAUAAAGUUCAGUUCGCGGCCGUUAUUUGUGUGAUGCACCUUCUCUCGUAUUAACUGCUGUUACCGUUUUUGGAGGAGUAAAUGUGUACUUGACAAAGAAAACAUUUUUUUUUUUUUUGGCUUGCGCAAAAUGUGACGCCCUGAGCGGAACGAACGCGAGCGCGCUGGUGGAAAUGGAGAAGGAGCCCGAACGUUGGUGCAUUGCAGUCAAUCGAGGGACACUGCGAAAGGGCAGGCGGUGCGCGACAGUGCCCCCCGGCGGUGCGAGGGGAAGUGCACGAGGGCCACUUGUCUGGGCGAGCAGAGCUGCGUGCUCGCUUCGUGUCUCGGGGCGCGCGGACGCGUUCGUGCAGCUGGCGCAUGUGGCGCAUGUAGGCUGUCCUCACCGGCCGAGUUGCAGUGGACCUAGGAGAUGUCCACCAUGGUGUACCCACGUGAGGAGGCCUUGGAAAGGCUCAGCCAGGAUGAGAUUGUGCUCAACACAAAGGCUGUGAUACAGGGCCUGGAGACAUUGCGUGGGGAGCAUACCCAGUUGCUCAAUUCCCUGCUUGACUGCGGACACCCGUCCACAGCCCAGGAGAAAUCCGGGCUACUUCGCAAAAGCUUGGAAGCUAUUGAGCUUGGACUUGGAGAGGCUCAGGUGAUCAUCGCCUUGUCUAGCCAUCUCAGUGCAGUGGAGUCAGAGAAACAGAAACUGCGUGCUCAGGUGCGGCGGCUGUGCCAGGAGAACCAGUGGCUACGUGAUGAGCUGGCCAAUACACAGAACAAGUUACAAAAGAGCGAGCAGAGCGUGGCCCAGCUAGAAGAGGAGAAGAAGCACCUAGAGUUCAUGAAUCAGAUUAAAAAGUUAGAUGAUUACAUGUCACCGUCUGAUGAAAAGAACGACGAGACAUCCAAAGACAGCUUGGAUGACCUCUUCCCCAAUGACGAUGAUCAAGGACAAGCCCAACCCAGCAGUGAAGUGACAGCGCAACAGGGAGGGUAUGAAAUUCCAACUCGGCUCAGGACCCUCCACAACUUGGUGAUCCAGUAUGCCUCCCAGGGCCGCUACGAAGUGGCUGUACCACUGUGCAAACAGGCCUUGGAGGACUUGGAGAAAACCUCUGGCCAUGACCACCCAGAUGUGGCCACCAUGCUCAACAUUCUGGCAUUGGUUUAUAGGGAUCAGAAUAAGUACAAAGAGGCUGCACACCUGCUGAAUGAUGCUCUGGCUAUUAGAGAAAAGACUUUGGGCAAGGACCACCCUGCAGUGGCUGCCACCCUCAAUAACCUGGCUGUGCUAUAUGGCAAAAGAGGCAAAUACAAGGAAGCGGAGCCUUUGUGCAAGCGGGCACUUGAAAUUCGGGAAAAGGUUCUGGGGAAGUACCACCCAGAUGUGGCCAAGCAGUUGAACAAUCUUGCGCUGCUGUGCCAGAAUCAAGGCAAGUACGAUGAGGUGGAGUACUACUAUCGCCGGGCUCUAGAAAUUUACGAGUCCAAGCUGGGUGCUGAUGAUCCCAACGUGGCCAAAACCAAGAACAACCUGGCUACAUGUUACCUCAAACAAGGGAAGUACAAAGAUGCAGAGUCUCUCUACAAGGAAAUUCUGACACGUGCACAUGAGAAAGAGUUUGGCUCUGUCAACAAUGACAACAAGCCUAUUUGGAUGCAUGCAGAAGAAAGGGAAGAGAACAAGGGCAAACGUAAAGACUCUGGUCCUUAUGGGGAAUACGGCAGUUGGUAUAAGGCUUGCAAGGUAGACAGCCCUACAGUCAAUACUACUCUGAAAAGCCUGGGGUCGCUGUAUCGUCGGCAAGGCAAAUUGGAGGCUGCUGAGACACUGGAGGAGUGUGCUACAAAGUCACGUAAACAGGGAAUUGAUGCCAUAAACCAGAGCAAGGUGGUGGAACUGCUGAAGGAUGGGAUGUCAGGAGCCAGAGAACAACAGAGUCGGGAAGCAAUAAAUGGAUCUGGGAGCCCACAUGGGGAUGCCAAGGGUGAUGAGGGGGCCGAGUGGAAUGGGGAUGGAAAUGGUUCUCUGCGUCGCAGCGGUUCUUUUGGGAAGAUUCGUGAUGCUUUGCGCCGGAGCAGUGAGAUGCUGGUGAAAAAACUGCAGGGCAGUGGGCCACAGGAAUCUCGCAACUCUGGGAUGAAAAGAGCCUGUUCCCUCAACUUCCUGAAUAAGAGUGCCGAUGACCACCCACAGCAACCAAGCAGUGGAUUGUCAGAAUCCAGAGGACUGAGCGCCAGCAAUGUGGACCUGUCAAGGCGUAGUUCUCUGAUUGGUUGAUACCAAGGAACUGGAGCAAGAUGAUGGACAUCCCAUGGCAGAGGAGGCACGAUUUUUGGAGAAAUGCUAUCCUUUUCUGAAUUUAAAAAAAAAACUUUGUUUUGGUGUUACUUAUGUGAUUAUUCCAAUGGAACAGUUCCUACUUUGCUGUAAGAUAUACUGAAUGAACAAAAGCUAACCUAGAAAUUACAUGAUCACGAUAAGUAGACAUUAAUACAAGCAUGCUGCUUUCUAGACAUAAAGUUGAACAACUUACAUAGUAAGAUGAUAGUAAAAUCAUUUUAACAUGUAAAACAUCAAAAAUAUUUUGUAGAUGCUUCACCUCAGAUGAAAGGAUUGAAUUGCAAGCAAUCAACAUUUCAUUAGUUGCAUGAAUGUAGUGAAUGCUAACAAUCUAAUUUGCUGGAAUGUUAAUCCUCUGUGUCAAAAUGAAGAUACAAACCUCACAAUUUACUGAAUAUAGGAAAAAACGGGAACAAAUGGACAACGUACCAAGGUUGAACAUAAGUUUUUACCUUUUGAUUUCUGUAUAUAUAGCUAUUUAAUUUUUAUGUUGUGUAUAGGGUACAGGGAAUUCUUGACUGUGUUAGGUGGAUGAUUUUUUUCUGCUAUUUAAUGCUCUGGAAAUUGCUGAAAUUGGCAUGUUUCACUAGUUAUACCAUGCAAACUGCAGUCUCUAGAGCUUAUAAGGUUUUCAGUGAAAUCAUGUAUACUGAGAAACUGUGACAGUGACCUGGCAUUGUGGCAAUCUUCUGUUUCAACCCUGGUACUGGCAACAAUGUAAUUUAUUUGGUUAGUAUUUCUGUAAACAUAAUCUCUUAAGAUACACAUAUGUACAGCAUAUUCUAUCGUAGCUGUGGGGAUAGGCCACAUUUUCAUCCCAUUACGAGCUAAAGUAUUCUUAGAUUCAUAACAUUAAAUGUCAUUUAUUACUAUAAAUCUAGGAAUAUUGUAUUAAUUUCAUUUUAAUUGGCUCAAACAAAAUGUUGUGCAGUGUUCGUCAGUUUUGAAUGCUGCUGUUACUACAAUCAUCUCUUUCUUUUUGCAGACUGUGAUGGGAAUACAGAUGCCCUCUUGAUGAAAUGCCCUGGCUGACAAAUCAUAACUUUUUUUAAACUGCUGACUUUACAUUUCAAAGCCAAAUGAGCUCUGUCUAAAUGCCUUAGAAAUUUAAUUUAAUGCACAUUUAAUGAGGAAACUGGUUGGAACACAAAGAAAUUUGGCUGUGGUGUUUUGAAAUGCUCAAGAAAGGGAUGUUGUGAAGCCUUAGAAGGUAGGAUUGUAAUCAGCUUUGACUGUUUUACUUGCAGUAUGUUAAUAUCUCACCAUAGAAUUAUACCUCCUUGACUGUAUCUACUGUAUGCCAUGUUUUGACUGAUCUGCUUUGCAAGUUCAACUGUAAAGCAGGGCUCAAGCUGGGAAAUGUGGCUACUGGCUUUAGCCCUUUUCAAUAGAUGAUCACUAAAUAAAG